ACCUCGCAGGGUUGUUGUAGAGAGAGUUUGCAAGAAGGAGCCCUAUAGGGGCAGGAGGGGGCAGUGGAGCUCUUGGACUCUUCUCCCCUGCAGGCCACAGAAGGCUCUGGACAGGUUGCCCACUCACCCAGGGGCUACCACUGAGUCAAAGGCUUUACAGAAGUCUAUGUAAAUUGGGUCUGUUGCUUUGCCCUGGUCUAGUUGUGUAGUCCAUAUGUUUUUGCAGUGUAGGAGUUGCAGAUUACAGAACGAAUUCUUUUUUUUUUUUUUUCUGAAACCAAAUUGUUUGUUAGAGAGUAGAUUGUUUGUCUCUUUAAGUGGAGGGUAAUGAAUUCUGGGAGUUGAAGUCCGCCAGGCUUAAAGUUGCCAAGGUUGGAGACCUCUGCUCCAAAGGACCUGAAGGCAAUACAUGGAAACGAAUCAAGGAGAGAAGCAACCUGGAACUAAGGAGAAAUUUCCUGACAGUCAGAACAAUUAACCAGUGGAACGACCUGCCACCAGAAGUUGUGGGUGCUGCAACAAUGGAGGUGUCUGGAAUGAUUUCCGUCAAUAAAAACCUUCACCGAGGUGGCCGAAGCUGGGGUCUCCAGCCCUCGUUUCAUGACGCUCUGCUCGUGGCUGGUUUCAGAGCUCCGAACCCUUUGUCGGCUGGAGGAGGACGUUAGCCCGGUGCAGGGACCUGAGGAUGCCGAGACAUUUCAGAUCGAAAUCAGCGGCCUCCUGGGUGAGCUGCAUUGCCCGUAUCCAUCACUGACCACAGGGGACGUAAUGGCUAGACUCAGCACCCGAGACCACUGCCUGCAGCUUCUGUAUUUUUUGAGCUCGGAGCUGCUGGCUGCCCGGCUCCAGGCCAGGAAAACGCUUCAGUCAGCAAAGCAAGGUGACAGAAAUAACCAAGCUCUGCGAGAACUUCAUCAGAUCUGCCAAACCCUGGGAAUGCCUGAGCCAGACCCAGCUUCCUCUGUGGCUCAGGUUAUGGAGGACAUUGGAUCCCAGGUUUCAGAGGCGCUCGCUGCACAGGGGCCUGAGCCCCACUGGAUGGCACCACUUCUCAAGGCCCCGUUGACCUCUGAGCAAUGGAAAGCGCUGGAUGAGAUUAACCAAGUGCUGGGCACCGAAUACCAGUGCCGAAGACACAUGAUGCUGACCCGUUUCGACGUCACCGUUGCGUCCUUCCAUUGGUCUGAGAGGGCCAAGAACCAAAGCACAGCCAUGUCCGAAGCCUUCCAACCUUUACGGAAGUCUUUGCCGGAAGAUUCCCAGCUCCGCCUUUCCCACCUGCUGGCUGCUCGGGAAGACUUUUCUCGUAUCGUGAAGACCAGCAGCGGCGCUUUGCGGAGUAAGACCAGUUGUGCAGUCAACAAGGUCUUGAUGACGGGCAGCGUCCCAGACCGGGGAGGACGCCCAAACGAAAUCGAGGCCCCCAUGCCCACCUGGGAGAAGAGGAGAGAAGGAGGAGGAGGAGGAGGCGGCCAGCGCUGGGCUAAACGGGGCAAGAAAAAGAAGAAAUAAGGGAAGAGGGUAUGAAACCGGCUGCCGUGGGUUGCCGUGGCCAGAAAGUUCGAAAUGAAGGAAGCGCCACGGAUUCCCACCAAAAACGUCCAAUUCUCAAUCUCGCCUUUCUCCAGGAUGGAGGCAGGGCACCGUUUAAAUAAGGACGUGGUCUUUUGGCACUCCAGAUAUGCCAUAAUAAGGCCAACUCCCAUCAUCCAAAGAUCACUCCGACUUUCGGAGAGGCCUAACUCUCCUAAGCUUUGGGGAAGGAAGGCUACGUGCCAUAGCAGCUGGAUUGCUUUAAAGGCAAGCGGGAAGCCGCAAAGCAUUUGUUGGCUGUCUGAAAUCCAAAAUAAGUAUUUUGUACUUUGUACAAAAUACAAAUAAGUAUUUUGGGGAUUUAUUUUCACUCUAAACGUCACAGAAUGGGGUGCCUGGCAGUAGAAAAGAGGACAAGCUCAAUGGGCUUUGACUUAGAUUUUUACUGUAAAGAAAGAUUCCAUAUUAGGUAUCUGUUCAUCCGGAAGCAGAAAUGCAUGAGUCGUUUUGGGUGG